CGUCACUUCCUGUAAAUAAUGGAAUAAGAGAUAUUGACAUUAUUUGCAAGCAUUAUAACUGAUAGAAAUAUUUGUUACAAUAUGUGGAUCUUUAACAACAGAUAGUGUUAAAUAUUAGCUAUUGAAAUGACUAAUCAAACAAAUUUGUCAUCGACUGCUAGUCCUGUCAUUACAACACCAGGAGAAGUCACCACUGCUAACAUCACUACGACAGGGAACACUACCCAUAACCAUCCACUGAUCUUUCUACAGACAGCAGCUGCCCAAGGAAUAGGAGGAACAUUUGCAGUAUUGGCAUUGAUAAUCACAUGUCAUCAGAUAUACCUGCAUCUGCGGUAUUACACAUGUCCAAAUGAACAACGUUGGAUUAUAAGGAUUCUAUUUAUAGUACCAAUUUACUCAUUUGACUCAUUCCUGAGUUUACUGUUUUUCAGUAAUGACAAUUAUUACGUGUACUUUGACAGUAUACGGGACUGUUAUGAAGCCUUUGUCAUCUACAGUUUCCUUAGCCUGUGUUUUGAAUACCUUGGUGGAGAGAGCUCUAUUAUGUCAGAGAUCAGGGGGAAACCUAUAAAAUCUAGUUGGUUUUACUGUACCUGUUGUUUGUCUGGAAGGCAGUACACCAUUGGAUUUCUCAGGUUUUGUAAACAGGCCACACUACAGUUCUGUGUAAUUAAACCUGUGAUGGCUGUAAUCACAUUAGUACUUCAAGCCUUUAGUCUGUACAAAGAUGGAAACUUCUCACCAGAUUCAGGAUAUUUGUAUGUGACCUUGAUUUACAACACAUCCAUCAGUUUGGCGCUGUAUGCCCUGUUCCUGUUUUACUUUGGUACCAAGGAGCUCUUGAGUCCUUACGAACCAAUACUGAAAUUCUGUACGAUCAAAUCUGUCAUUUUCUUGUCAUUCUGGCAAGGUGUUGUUCUGGCUAUCCUUGAGAAAGCACAAGUUAUAAGUCCUAUUUACUCUGACAAUGGAUUGUUAAAGGCAGGAGUGGGAACAGUGUCAGCAGGGUACCAGAAUUUCUUCAUCUGUAUAGAGAUGUUACUGGCUGCUGUGGCCCUCAGGUUAGCCUUCCCUCAUUCUAUAUAUAGUUCUGGUCCUACCUCCAGCCAAGGCAAAACAGUGUCACUUCAGAGCAUUUCUAGUAGUCUGAAGGAAACAAUGAAUCCACGUGACAUCAUGCAGGAUGCAAUCCAUAAUUUUCAUCCAAAUUAUUCACAAUACACCCAACAGGGAAGUAAAAUCCCACAAGAGGAAGAAGCAGCAGACGGAUGGCCAUAUCGUGAUCAGUACCAAAACAGGCCAACACAAAACGGUGUGUCGCCUGCCAAUAAUGUCAUACAGACAAGACAACACAAUCUGUCAACUACGACACCUGCCGGAGGUGUACAUAGGGGACCACCACCCAACCGUAGGUCCCAUAAUGAAAAGACAACUCUUCUUUCAUCUGAUGACGAGUUCCAGUAAAGUACUGAUGAAAUGGUAUCUUUAAAUUAGUGAAGGACUGAUUUGAUGCAGAGAUUUUAUAUGACAGCAUUGUAAAAUUAUAUGUUGAGGCUGAAAUCUCAAAACAAAAAGAGUCUUAUGUAUUUAUAGAUUGAAUAUUUUUACAAAAAGACAGUCAGUUUUUUUGUGACAUUAAAGAACAAAACUGUUCUAAUUUUUUUUCUUCAAAAUAACAUACUAUUUUUUGUUGUAGCUUUGCAAAUUGUUAUGUAUAUAAUAGGAAACAAACCUUUGAUUCAUUUCAUGAGUUAUUUUACAGCAGAGUAUAAUUUCAUCUAUUUAAAAAAAAUGUUAUAUAGUUUCAUCUCAAAAGAAAUUUGUACAAUUGAAUUACAAAUGAUAAUUUCUGGGAUAAAAUUCAAUAAUUGUGUAAAUGAAAAGAAAGGUCAUUUUUAUUUUAUCCUACUUUUAUUUGUGUUGAUAAGUACAUAUACUCCUCGAGAUCAUUUGUCAGUAUGUGCAGUCUAAGAGACUACCCUAUUAUGUUACGGCAAAAUGACUUAAGUAUGUAGGUAAAAGUAAUAUCUUUGGUUAGCUUGCUUGCUAGCUGAACCGUGAAGUCAUUAUUAGGUUAGGUAUACUACCCUCCUUUAAGAGUAGACUAGUCUGACAGAUAACCAAUCUAUCUGUCUGUAGGACUAAACUACUCCGAAAGGAGGGUAGUAUAGUUAACCUUAUAUUGAUUUCACGGUUCAACUAACAAGCAAGCUAGCCAAAGAUAUUACCUAUACCUACACACUCAAGGCAUUUUGCUGAAAUUAGAGAGAAGGAUUAUUCAUAUCUAUUUAAUGAGGUUGCCAUGAUUACGACUGACCUUCUUUUCUGGUAAAAAUAUUGUGUUUUUUUAUUAAUUGUUACAGUUUAUCUGACCAAUAUCGUAUUAGAGUUUUUAAUCAGCAGUUUUGCUGAAGUUUCUAUUGUUUCUGUUAAAUUUGUUCACAACCUUUAUAGACAUGGGACAAUUUAGUGCUUGAAAUAUAUUGUAUACACACCUGUCUAUCAUUGAAGACUUAGUUGCUAUGUUAAUAUAAAUUAUUUUGGGUUGCUGCCUCAUGGAUGUAUACCCCAGCUUUUCCUCUAUUCAUCUUAUUUGUUGAAAGAUUUGUUUGAAGCACUUUUUAAAAACAAAUUGUGUAAUUUGUAAUACAAUGGCAUGUCUGUUGGCUUAUGAAGUAAAUACAAGAUAGAAAAUUCAUAAUGUACAAGCCAUUUUAUCAUUUUUAAGCAGAUUGUCACAAAUAUUAUUUUUAUAUUCAUCAACCAAUCAUAUAUAAAUAAUCAUGAAUUUAUUUUAGUUGCUAUUAGAGAUUAUGUGUUUAGUCAUUUAAAGCUUUUUUGAUUUGCUAAGAUUGUUGAACAUCUGUAUACGGGAUAUUUUUUUAAACCAAGCCAUUUAAAGAUCUUUUUUGGCAUAGUUUUUAUCUGUUUGCAUAACUGUUCAAUUAAACACUUAUGAAAUUCGUAUAUACUUUUAUUAGUGUUAGGUUUUGUGAAAUUACAAUUCAAAAUUCUUUUACACGAAUUCUAGUCAGAUUUGAGUUUUGUAUGGGACAGUAGUUUUUACGGGAAUAUCUUCUUUUAGUCAGUUUCACGGUGAACAGAAAUAUCGUUUACCUUGAAAUCAACAUUUAUUUAAUCACAUUUUAUUGGUUUAUAAAGUUUUUGUGAUUUCUAACUAAAUUAUUUCAUAUAACAACCAUGAAAGUUACACUUGAGAAUGACAGGAUUGAACUCAAUUUAAAGCAGAUAGAUUUGUUUGAUUAUUGUCAUAUUUUAGUGUAUUCGUCUUAAAUAAUAGAUACACAUGCACAUGUAUUUAUAAAAUUUUGAGAUAAAGAAAAUAUCUAUACACAUUUCUAAAUAAAAAACUGAAUUAAUAAACAUUUAAAUGGCUAUUACAUCAAUUAUUCCUUAAAAAUCUAUAAUAGUUUUAUUAUGAAAGGUUGUAGGGUUAUACAUGUAUAUUAAUUGUAUAAUAUUGAUUUUCUGUGCUAUAUUAUGUAUAUAUAUAUAUGUGUAAGUAUUGUUUGGAAUAAAAAAAGAGGCAUUGUGAAAAGAGUGCAAUUUCUGAAUUGUUCUAUUUAAAACAGGGAGUAUAGUAUUAAAUUUUUGUGCAAUAAUUAUUUUGGCGUUUUUUGUUUGUUUGUUGUUUUGUUUAUUUUGCACUUGUUUUUCAUGUAAAUGGGUAUUUUUCACCAAUUUUUUUGUGAAAAAAUAAAAAAAAAGUGCACAUUUCAGACCUUAAAAUUAUGUCCCUUGAAACCAGAUGUUAAUUUUAUUUGUCCAUGCACAUAUCUUCCCUUACCACUCUUUACACAUACAUUAUACCCAGACAAAGCACUCUGAAAUUUGACCACUUAAAGUCAGGGUUCAUUUAUACCUACAAAAUAUUUAUGAAUCCACAGUACAUUAUAUACCCCCUUGAAAACAAUGUUUUUGUGGGGUAUAUAGGAAACACCCAUCCAAUAUAGUACAUUUUCUAUCCUCUUACCAAAUAUACUUGCAAUAUAUGAUAUUCUGCGACUGUACAGAUAUUGUUUAUGUAUAAUGUGAUCAUCAUAUCAUUUAUAUGCUAUAUAUUGUGUACAUAUGUAUAUGUAGUUUAUAUAGAAUUAUGUAUGUUACUGAAUAGGCUUUAUAAUAAUGGGUAUAUGAAGUACGGUACCAUAGAUAGCAAUCAUGAGUUAAACAGCAUUUGUGUAUUUUUGAAUGAUCACCAGAUUUUAAUUUAUCUUUUAAUAUUGUUAACAUGUUGAAGGCAUGUCCGUGUACAGGGGAUGUAAAAAUUGUAAAGGCUUUACAGUCUCCUUCAAGAAAUACUACAAAUUAUAAACACAUUUCCAGUGAAAUAUACUUCUCAAGUUGUAGUAUUAUCUUUGCAGAAAGUAGAAAAAGACAUAAUUGUAAUUUUAAUAAUUUUCAUCAUGAUCCUCUUUUUUGGCCACGUUUAAAAUAUUCUAUAAGGAGGUAAUUUUCACAUUGUCAGAUUGACAUGUAUCACAUAUGGCUGUUCUAGCUUUAUAUGAUAUAUAAGAUGAUAGCACACAAUAUUUUUAUUGAUUUCAUUUCCAAAAAAUCACUCAAUGUAUGGUAUAUUUUAGAUAUUUUGGACCAAUUGUCUCUGAUUAUUAUAGUAUUUGAUGCCAUCAGUUGAAUAGUGACCUGAUUCUUACAUAGAUUUAUUCUCUCAGUAACCUAAAUAUUUUUCAUGCAAGAAACUUUUACAGAUAUGAAACCUUUUUGUGAAAUUGUUAGUCACACAAGUGGGUGGUGAAAACUCCUUUUUUGUUUAGCUUAGUUAGAUUUAUAUGGCCAAUUUUAUCAUGGUAUAUAGUAGUUAUUAAAAUUAGUAGUUUUUAUUUUGCUUAUUUACAUAUCUGUAAUUUAAUACUUAAGAAAUAUGUAGUACAAUGGAUACCAUUAAUUAAUUAAUGUUUGUAUUAAAAUCAGUAAAAAUAGGUUAAUAUUUAAAAUUUCUGAAUAUUCAUAAAAUAAUUGUGAUAUUUUUAAGUCAGUUUACAGUUUUAGUCUUUGUACUUAUUUUUUGGGAAUUCCCUACAAAUUUUAUGUUGACAUAUCAUGUGUUCUUUAUUUAUUAAUCAGAUAAUUGUAAAUUUAUAGUAAAGCUUAGGUGGAUCCUGUCAUUUCUGCUUGCCCAUCGUGGGCAGUUCACUCCUGCCUAUUUAAAUUCAAUUUCAUACUUUUUGUAAAAAAUUCAAUUAAAAACCUUCUAAUUUCAUUAUUUCAAUAAUAUCCAAAGUAUGGUAUGUUCAAUUAUUUUCUUGAAAGAAAAAGAAACACCAUGUCCACUUCAUAGGAUGGAUACAAUUGUCCAUCUAGAAGUGUUGUCCAGUCAGUCCCCUCAAUUGUAUGGGGAGAGGCAAGGUAGUGGAGUUAAAACAAAUUUUCACACAAUAACGCAUUGAAUUUCUAAUCAAAGUUGUAUGGGUUAGGGUCUUGGGCCCUACAUAGGAAUUGAAAGGCUUUACUGAUUGAUAGAAAUAACUGCAUAUAUAUUAUCAACAGAUAAUAAAGAAAAUGAUUGAAACAGAUUUAAUGGUUUACUUUUAUAAAUUUUGACUUGGAUGGAGAGUUGUCUCAUUGGCACUCAUACCACAUAUUCUUAUAUCUAUUUAAUGUAAAUAUGAAUAAAAAGAUAUGUGGGAAACACAUACUAGUUCAUUAGGCAGCAGCCAAACACAACCAAAAACACAAAAAGAAAUUUUAUACCAGUUUGCCCAUUAGAAUAGCAUAUGUUGCUGUCUCAGAUGUUUAUACCUAUAUUUUUAUUUGUCCCCCGCGUAAUGCAAUGCGGGGGACAUGGAAAAACCAGGCAUUCAUCCGAUCUUGUUAGUGCUCUCACGUCUACAAUUCUUGCCAGAUUUUAAUGAAACUUAUAUCAUAGGUUUAUAUCAGCAAUAUCUUGAAAGAGUUCGAAAUUCAGUCCCGAUCAAUUAUUUUAAAAGAGUUAUGCCCUUGGAAACAUUAAUUUUAUGGAAAAUUGCACAAUGUGUACAAUUCUUGUUUUUUUUUUCAUACUACAUAAAAUAAUCUAUAUAAAUUAAGAAUUUUGAAAACUAAUUAUAGAAUAUACUUUCAGCUGCAUGAAUGCAUUUGAAAUGGUAUUCACAUGUAUUAGCAUUCAUGUAUAUUGUUGAAGGCUGUGUAAUGUUGUCUUUCACGACCUAAUUUGUUUAAAACUUUGUUGUAGGGUUUCUGUCAUCAAAUUGACAUUUAACCAAAAUAGAUAUAUAUAUUUUAUGACAUAGUUGUGAUAUUUAUUUAGAAUAACACUUGUAAAUAAGAUUUUAUUUGUGAAAGACUGUUUUAAGAUACAUGUACAUGCAUGGCUGGCAAGUUUUGUUUGCUUGAAAUGAAAGCUCUCAUCUGAAAUUUUAUGUGAAUUGAACUGAAUUUAGAUUAUAUGGUACAAUUUAAUUUCAUGUGAAACUCAAGUUUAUUUUAUAUAAAUUUAUUAUUUGAAAUUCAUGUGAGAUUUGUUUAAAGGCUUUUUAUACUGUGUAAGGGAUUGCUUAUAGUAUGAUUAAAAAAUCAAAUUUGAAACCAUGAAAUUUUUCAAACGAGCUUCAUGCUUUAGCUUUCUUUUGAGAUUCAAUUCAACAUUAUUGCUUGUCAGAGCACUUGUAUUUACAUUGGUCUAUGUACUUAAGAAAGAUAUUUUGUUAAGUUUUUUCUUUGUUUUUUUAGCCAUUUGUUGUGUGUUUUAAACUUUUUCUGAAACUAACUAAGAAGUUUAAAUGUUUGAAGAAAAAUGUUAGGUAAUAAGAUAAAAAAUUUAGAUAAACACAACUAAAUCAUAAUAUACAAAUAAAUAAUGGAUGUUUGUAAAACUUCUCUUUUUUUGAUUCAAAGUAAAAUUUAGUAAAUAUUCUAUCAAAUGAAUUGUGCUUGUAUAAGUAUAUUGAAAUUGAUAAUUAUUGCGGAAAAAUCAUCAAAUUACUAACAUCUCCAAAAAUAAAACUGAUAUAUAAUUUGAUUAACAGUAAGCUUUUUCAUUACUCUAUGCGCAAGUUUAAGAAAUAUGUCUCUAUGGUAUGAAAAAAAAAAUCAUCAUCGAAGAACAUUAUGGUGGGAGAGCGUUCAAGAGUACAAUAAGAUGAAACAUACAUCUUUUAUUAAUUAGCAAAAUUUUCAUUGUUAGAAAUGUGCAUUCUAUUAUAGAUUAGUAAAGAAAAGAGCUGUUGGAAAUCGAUUUGUUUAUCAAAAUUAUCUCCCUUUGCUAAAUGUUAGAUAAGAUGUACUUAGUUUGUAAAUAAGAAAACAAACAUCUAUUUUUAUUUUUUCAGUAUUUAAAAUUAGCCAUACUCAGUCUUAGAUUAAAUUAGUAGUGUAUUGAGUGAUAAGUUAUACAUCAUUGUAAAAUUUAUAGCUAUUUUUGUAGAUCUCUUGUCGUUGUUAAAUUAAGGAACAAAAGUGCCAAUGUUGUAUAAAUGUUGUACUCUGAUGACGUACUAAUAAAAAUUUCUAUAAAGAAAACCUACAA